AUGGAGGAAGGUGGUUCUGCUGUCGGCGCCAUUCCGGGCUGCGCUCUUGUCUUCCCGACCGUCACGAUCACGACUUCCUCAUCGGCCAUUCUCCAAGGCGCCAGAGCAGAGCUAGCGUCGGGGCGUCAGGGAUCCUGCGGUCGGCGCAAUGCUCGCGGCCAACAGGCUUUUCCGACGAGCUUUCCGGCCGUAAAAACCGAACCUCCGAAGUACUUGCCGUCGCGCCUUGCUAUGUAUCUGUGCAAGCUCGAUACAUACCGCAUCACGCCCCGAGUCCCUCCGACGCACCUGCGCCAAGUGACGGAUUCGCGCUGGGUGGUGGGCGGAACAGCCGUGUGCUUACAUAUUUGGUAUGCGGACCUCCGUGGCGGGGCCGGCAAAGCAUUGUGGAUCGGCGCAGGCCAAGAGUCCAAGACCACGGCCGUGGAGUGCGGAGAGGAUCCGCGGCAGUAGUGGCGUUCCCCUCGGUCUUCACCGACCCGAGUGCUCGAUGCCCCGACGCGAGUGAUCCACCGUGUGUUGCUUGCCAUUUCUGAAUCAGUCAGGCUCUCCUAGAAUCGUUUCUCAGGUGCAAAUCUAAGUGAAGUGAUUGGUCCCGCAUGCCAGCAGAGAGGCCGGUCUAUCCCCGGAUUCUGCGGCCAAGAAGUGGAAGUUGCUGCCCUCGCAUUGGCUUGGAAUUGAUCGUCCUGUCUCCUAACUCGACACCGUUAUACUUCAGCCCCACAGCACAUGGUUCGCAUAAAUCACUCGCCUGGCGCAUUUGACAGCUUCCCCAUACCGCUAGCCGAAUAGGCAUCAUGUAGAAUCCCGACUGCUGCUGCGGAAGAUGCCAUCGGCACCUGCGAGAACAUUGGCAUCGUUGAGUGAGUGACACGUCGCUAGGGCUGAAAAUUUGCGGAGAAAGUCGGGAGAGAGAAUUCGGCAUGUACUCGCUGUCUCAAAGCAUUUGUUAG